AUGCCUUUAACUCCAAAAGAAAAAAUGGAAAGAUUUAGGAAGAAGGUUAAGGAAGAUUUAUUGAAAUAUGAAAGAAUUCUAGAAAAAGAUAGGUUAAGAAAAUUGAAUAAAAGACAGGAAAUGAGCCUAAAUGAAUUAAUUUUACUGAGGCAAAGAAAUGUAGAGGCAAUCAAGAAGCAUAGGAAAUCUGCAAAUUUGAAGAAAGUAUCCUCUGCUGCUGAAAAUAAGUCUGCACCAAUAGUAAAAUUUCCAUUUAAGAGUCCGCAAUCAUUGGGAAAAGCUAAACACAGAGUCCUUAACAAUCUUCCAAAUUCGCCAAAUAAAUGGGCUGAAGUGAUAAAACAGAUUGCAUCAGAUAUUAGUGAUAUACCACCACCAUGUGAGGUCCAAACAUCAACAGAAUUUGCAGAUGUAGCCAGUUCUUUGAAUACUAAGACUGUAGUAUUGCACUGUCCAGCUGGAGAUAUCGGAUCAAGCAAGACAGAAUUAGAUAUGUCAUGGAUAAAUCGAGUUCCUGUUCCUCAAAUGAUUUCAGUACAUAGAGUUACCACUGUGGCACAGUACGUUAUUGAUACUCAAACAUAUGUACUUGCUGAAAAAACAAGGCAUUACGUUCUUGGAAAUGGUAACUGUGAUGCUGUCUCUGCUGAUGAUGUACCCACAGAACAGGUUGGUGGAAUGCUAACUAUAGUAAAUGAGCACUGGUAUGCUGUAUACUGGAGAGAGUAUGAUUAUUGGAUUAUUGGUCGUGCGCUUUCUACUACUGACACUGGAAGAUAUAAAUUCCAAUUCAAUCACCAAACAACUCAGGAUGUCAACCAGUUUAAAGAUGGUGGGGAUGUAGAUGAAGCAGACAAGAAUAGUAUAUUUUAUGAACUUACUGAACUUCCCAAACCUUUAUCUUCUACCAGAACAACCGAACUCAAGAUUAGUGAUGCUGACUUAAAAACAAUUUUCUCAAAAUUUUUACAGCUAUCUAUUUAA